AUGGAUAAACCUUCAAAGAAAUUAUCGUGCCAAAGGUGUCGAUUGAAGAAGAUAAAAUGUAAUUAUGAAUAUCCUUGUAACAACUGUGAAAAGGGGAAAUAUGAAUGUAUCCAAGUAACUCAUGAUAUGAGAAAGAAAAGACCUACAGUCAAUUAUGUUGAAAGUUUAGAGAAGAAAUACUCAUCGAUAAUAAACGUAUUGAGGACAGCAAAUAAUAUGACUUCUGUUGACGAAAGGUCAAAUUACUUAGCUUCAGUGAAUUUAGGUAACUUGAUCGAAGGUUUGGAUACAAACUAUAAUGAUAAUAAUGAUGGGAAUGAUGAUAAUGAUGUAUCAGUUUAUGGCCCCAUAUCUAUAUAUGAUAAUAAUGAUAUGGUAAGAAAGAAGAAUCAAGUCCAAACUGACGAGUUUAAAUAUAUCAAACAAUUAAAUGCUGAUAACGAUGUACUUCAUUGUAUUAAAUUAUUCUUCGUAUGGCAAUAUCCUGAUAUGAACAUGUUUAUCUUUAGAGAAGCUUUCUUACAAGAGUUUUUCAAACCAAAAUACUAUAAUUUGUAUUGUUCUAGAAUCUUGAUUUUGAGUAUAUGUGCAUUAGGAUCGAGAAUGUCUGAUGAUGAAAAUAUUUAUAAUAAGAGUAUCAAAUUUUAUAAUGAAGCCAAAAGUUUAUUACUUUCAAAAUUCAAUAAUCCUUCCAUUACAUCAUUGCAAAGUUUCCUUUUAUUGAGUUUCUAUGAUAUUUUCAACGGGUCCAACUCUAGUGGUUGGAUGUUGUCAGGAAAUGCCAUUAGAAUGGGAUUUGAUUUGGGUUUCCAAUUACACCCCAAUUCAUGGUUUUUAAAACUGAAAGUAUCUAAUUAUUCCAAGGAAAUAGAUAAUGAAAUCAAAUCUCGUAUUUAUUGGGGGACUUAUUUGGCUGACCAUUUUAUCAGUCUUUUAUUAGGAAGACCAUCAUUGUUGAAGCUAAACGACGCAACUAUUCCUGAAACCGAUGAUUUACCUGAAUUACAUUGGAUCGAUGAAUAUCGAUAUCUCGAUGAAAAAGACCAAGCUAAUCCUAAGAAGAUUUCUAACAUUUCGUCACCUUUGAAAUCUGUUAUAAAUUUAAUCAAUAUUAGUGAUAAUAUGUUAAACGAUAUUUUCAACAAGAACUUUAAUCAGGAUUUCAUGAACGAUAACAAUCAUUUGAUCCUUACUGUGACCAAAUUGAAUGAAUACAAUGAAAAGAUUAUGAAUUGGAAGAGGAAUUUACCAACAGAUCUACAAUUUAAUAAAGAACUCUUGAGACAUAAUGCUGAUAACCCAACUUUGAGUUGUAUACGAUACUAUUACUACAUCUUAGUAUUAUGUUUGAAUAGACCAUUUAUUGGUUUGGAUGAUGAUAUCUUCAAGAAUUUGAACUUACCUCCUGAAUUAGUUCCCAGAGCUAUUUGUCUUGAAUGUAUUGAAGAAUUGUUUGUAGCCAUCAACAGAUUUAAAACAGUUCAUGGCUUAAGAAAAGCUUCAAUCUUCAUUGUUUAUUGUUCAAUUUUAUCAAUCUCCAUUAUUCUAUUAUUAAAGAAUUCUAACUUAAUCAAGAAUGAAUCACAGAAAUUGAUCUUUUUCUUAAAAGUAUUGAAACAAUCUUCCAAAACUUGGAAAUUAGCAGAGAAGUCUUUGAAUUCUAUUACUUCAAGGUUAACCGAAUUCAAUAUCGAUAUCAAUUCAUUAGAUGAUAUUGAAGUCGAUUUCAGAAGAGAUGCAUCAGAAACUCCAGAAGUUGAUUUAGAUAAUUCAAAUUCCAUUAUAAGUAAUAAUAAUGUCAAUAUGAAUCAAGCCAAUUCAUUAUCAACAUUGAUGAAUCCUUCACAUUCAGGUAGUCAACUUAAUGAACCUAUACAUGAACCUGGUCUUGGAAUGGGUGAUGUAGGAUCAAAUGGGGUGGUUGUAGGAGAGAAUACGUUAGAAUUCUUUGGAGGACCUCCAGUUUUAAUGACUUCGGAUUUAUUUAAUCAAGAUUGGGAAAGUUUAUUCCCUGAUUAUAUAUUUAACGAGAAAAAUAACGAAAAUUAG